AUGCUUAGGUCUUUUAUUGGGAAGAUACAAAAGGGUCUCUCACUAACAAGAUCACCUGUACUCAGACACUUCAAUGAAGAUGUAUUGGAAGCUACAAGUGUGGCACCAGAUGAUGUUAGAGAGGGAUAUUUUGUUGUUCUUGCAACAAAAAAUGAAGAAACAAAAAGGUUUAUUGUUGAGUUAGAGUGUUUGACUGAUCCUGCAUUCUUGAAACUCUUGGAACAAGCUCGGGAAGAGUAUGGUUUCAGACAGCAAGGAGCUCUUGCAGUCCCUUGUAGGCCUCAAGAAUUCCAGAAGAUUUUAGAUGGUCGCAGAGUUCAUAGCUCAGUGCAGCAAAGGUUCAGGAAGGGAUAUAGACCCUAG